GUGUUUCCCUGAUGGGCCAAGAGCCCAGAGAUCUCACACAGAGGAUCAGGUGGAUAUGUCAAUCUUUAGCUCAUACAGACUUCUCCUGGAGGCGCUGGAGGCGCUGCGCGAACGGAUGCGUAUUUUUACUUAAAUCUAUAUAAGAUUUUUUUUCAUCUCUUAAUUUUUAUUUAUAAAAAAGAACUGGACUUAAUCAACUAUGGGGUCUGCCUCAGAUUCAAAGGAGAUAAAUAUAUCAGUGUGGGUCUGCAGAGAAGAGAAGCUGGUUUUCGGUUUGUCAAAGCGCAACACGUGCGCGGAUGUUGUGAAAGUGUUGCUGGAGGAACAGCGCGCGCAGCCCGGCCUGUCCACGACAGAGUCCCACUGCAUCGUGGAGAAAUGGAGGGGCUUCGAAAGAAUUUUACCGAACAAAACAAAGAUCCUCAACCUGUGGAUCGCGUGGGGAGAUGAACAGAAAAACGUGAAGUUUGUACUGGUAAAAAAAGACGCGUCUUUGGAGUGCCGCAGGGCCCGCAGCGCAGAGGCGCGUGUGGUGCCGAGCAAGCAGACCCCCGGUGGGACCAAAGGGUCUGCGAAGUCCAACAUGGGAAGCAUCUCGCCGGAAAAACAGCGUCGGAUUGUUAGAAAAGCUUUCAGAAAGUUGGAGAAGAUCAACAGAAAGAGGACGCGGUCUGCGCACAGAGCAGCGGAGAAGAUGGAGACGUUGGUACAUGUCGUUGUGUCUCAGGACCACACAAUCCGCCAGCAGGUUCAAAGGAUGUCAGAACUGGAUGCAGAAAUAGAUAGGUAUGAAGCCAAGGUGCAUACUGAGAGAAUUAAAAGACACGGGGUUAAUUAUGUGCAGAACACGUAUAUUUUUGGCGCAGCUUCGGUCUCAGCGCAGGAAGGAAAGGAACUAAACUCAAAAGAGACUCUUGCCAAACUUGAGGAGUAUAGUCGGCAGUGCGAGCAGGUGCUGAAGCUACAAGAAGAGCUUCUGGAGCAGGAGGCAAUCAUAGAAACGAUCACAGCUCACAUUCAGGAGGAGCUGAACCUGCGCUGGAUGCAGCGCAGGAAAGAGGAGCUGCGCUCCAAACGCGUUCCAUCCCAGCCGUCCUGCUCACAGACACACUCAGCAUCACAGAGCGAACAGUAUAUGGAGGAAGAGAGGAUCAAAACGCAGCUAGAUGCUAGUUUAUACAUUGGCCUGCGACUCAACGCGGAUUUAGAGGCUUUUAGGGGGGAUUUGGAGCUGUCCCAGCAGAUUGGCACCGCUAAAGAGAAGGAAAUGAGGGAUUUGCUGGAGAAAGUGAACAGUUUGAACAUGGAGGAGGGGGACGCGGAUGAAGUUACGCGCAUCCAUGGGACAGAAGACAAGGAUAUCCUGAAUGACACUUUGAAAGGAGGGAAUGACUGGGCGGAGCAAGCCAAGGGUCUAACUAAACCUGAAUAUAUAAACGAUGACGACUCAGACACAGGCUUAAGUUCUCUGCACAGUCAGGACUCAGACGGCCUUCCUGUGUGGGAAUCACUGGUUUAAGACUUUAAAAGAAAACUGACUUAUGUAGCCAUUGUCUUUACAUUCUUAGAUAAAAACAUAAUUUAAGGCUCAUGGAUUCAAACACAAUAUAAAACCUAUUAGAUUUAAUAGUUA